AUGACCACGAAAAUUGAGGACCAGAGCAGUUUGAUCACUUUUAACAAGCAGGCGACUAUCACUGUUCUAGGUGCCAGUGGCGAUCUUGCCACAAAGAAAACCUUCCCCGCCCUAUUUGGACUCUAUGCUCAGGGCCAUUUGCCUGAAAAGGUGCGUAUCUUUGGCUAUGCCCGUACCGAUCUGACUGACGAGGCCUUCCGGGAGCGCUUGUCGUCCAAGUUUGAGUUGGUUGGCCCCAACACGAAAGAGAAGGCCGAGGAGUUCAAGAAGCUUUGCCACUAUGUACAGGGCCCCUACGACAAGGCUGAAGGCUUUGCUGGGUUGAACAAAGCAAUCGAAAAGGUCGAGAAGGAGAUGGUUGCUUCCGGUGAGGUUCCCAACCGGCUCUUCUACCUUGCUCUGCCUCCGGUUGUUUUCGGUUCUGUCUGUGGUCAACUCAAGGCCGAGUGUUAUUUGGGCGACGGCAAGGGCCACACUCGUGUGAUCAUCGAGAAGCCGUUCGGCCGUGACCUUGAGACAUCCCGCGAGCUGCAGAAGCAGAUUGCACCUCUAUUCACCGAGGCGGAGAUUUACCGCAUUGAUCACUAUCUCGGUAAGGAGAUGGUCAAGAACUUGCUCAUUUUCCGUUUCGCCAAUCUGCCCAUGACCUCCUGGUGGUCUAACCAGUACGUCAAGACCGUUCAGAUUACUUUCAAAGAGCCCUUCGGCACUGAGGGCCGUGGCGGUUACUUUGAUGGCAUUGGUAUCAUCCGUGAUGUUAUGCAGAACCACUUGUGUCAAGUGUUGUCUUUGGUUGCUAUGGAACGCCCCCUUUCCUUUGAUCCCGAGGACAUUCGUGAUGAGAAGGUGCGUGUUCUCAAGGCUGUGCGCCCAAUCGAGCAUCGCAAUGUCAUUCUUGGCCAGUACGGCCCCAACGAGGAGGGCAAGCCAGGCUACUUGGACGACGCUUCCAUCAAGAGCAAGGACUCAAAAACACCCACUUAUGCGGCCAUUGCUCUGGAGAUCCGCAACGAGCGUUGGGACGGUGUUCCUUUCAUCCUUAAGGCUGGUAAGGCCCUGAACGACUCCAAGGUUGAGAUUCGCAUUCAGCUGCGACCUGUUGCCCGGGGUAUCUUCCACGACAUCACCCCCAACGAGGUGGUUUUGCGUGUCCAGCCUAACGAGACCAUCUACAUGAAGGUCAACACCAAGUACCCUGGUCUGAGCACCCAGACCGUGGCCACUGAUCUUGACUUCACCUACCACCGUCGGUUCACCAACCUGGUCAUUCCCCAGGCUUACGAGUCUCUUAUCCUUGACUGCCUGAAGGGCGACCACUCUAACUUUGUCCGUGACGAUGAGCUCGACGAGGCCUGGAAGAUCUUCACCCCUCUUCUCGAAGACAUCGAUGCCGGCAAGCUGCCCGUGGAAGUCUACCCUUACGGUUCCCGUGGCCCCGAGUCGGUUUCCAAGUUUGUCCAGAAGCUCGGCUACGUUAUCCCUAAAAACGAGAACUACAUCUGGACCAAUUGA